GCCGCGCUGAUACUCCCGCGAUAGGAACUUACGCGAUGGCUACCGAAACUUAUGGCCACCGGCUACUGUACUCUGAAAAGGACAUGUUUGGCUCCGACGUAAUGUUGGAGUACGCUACUGAAGAUUAUUUAUCAUGGCCCCGAUCGCCUGACUCUGGCCGAUCGAGUCUGGAGCCUACUCCGUCUAUCGACGGCAGCCAAGAUAUCGCUUACAGAGGACUCUCAAGGGAUAUCCUGGAAGACAGUGCUGAAGAUGCUGAGAUUCUGGAAGGUUCUGGAAAGAGGCGAGGAAGAGCAACUAGUGCUGCUGUGUUGAGAAGACGUCGCUUAGCAGCUAAUGCUCGUGAAAGGAGGCGGAUGCAGAACUUGAAUAAGGCGUUUGAUCGACUGCGUGGACACCUCCCAUCACUCGGUGCUGAUCGUCAGUUGUCGAAAUACGAGACGCUGCAAAUGGCACAAACCUACAUAGCUGCUUUGUACGAACUGCUUCAGUAACCUAGGUAUGUUUCUAAAUCUUGUCAAAUUAGUGAUGUAGAGGAAAAGAUUGGCCAAAUUAUGUGAACUUUUUUAGAAAUUAGAAAGUACAGGGAUUAUUUAUUUGUAAAAUUUAAGUACCGAUAAUACUCAAUAACCAGUGUUACCAGUAAGUGUUUAAGCUACUUAUUUUAAGACCGUUUUACUUAAAACUUGGUUUUGAGUUACAGUUUCAAGUUUCACGAAAUCUUACGCUUAAUUUUUUGUAUUCGUUUAGUUUUUAAGCUACUUGCCAGUGUAAUCCGUCCUACCGAGUUAGCGUUUAAGUUUUGCCUAGAUUAUUGUCUAGAAUCAUCUUGCCAACGAAAGUAUUAUUGUGUCCAAACAUUCCAAAUUAGACUUUUAGGUAUAGAUUUUUAG